CCGCCGUGAAGCCCGGGUCUGGCGCUUGGCUAACGAGCAAGGCGAGGGUCGUCGGAAGAGGCUCGGGGCGUCCAGGAUGCCCGGCGCGGCGGGGCCGACGCCCGGGGCCGUCUCUAGCGGGCUGCCGGCGUCCUCCUCCUCCUCAGGGGUCUCCGGGGGUCUCCUGCCCCCGCAGGACGCGGCCAAGCUCUACCAUACCAACUACGUGCGGAACUCGCGGGCCAUCGGGGUGCUGUGGGCCAUCUUCACCAUCUGCUUCGCCAUCGUCAACGUGGUCUGCUUCUUCCAGCCCUACUGGAUCGGCGACGGCGUGGAGACCCCGCAAGCGGGCUACUUCGGGCUCUUCCACUUCUGCACGGGCAGCGGCGUCUCCCGGGAGCUCACCUGCCAGGGCAGCUUCACGGACUUCGCCAGCCUCCCGUCGGGCGCCUUCAAAGCCGCCUCCUUCUUCAUCGGGCUCUCCAUGACGCUCGUCAUCACCUGCAUCGCCUGCUUCGCCCUCUUCUUCUUCUGCAACACGGCCACCGUCUACAAGAUCUGCGCCUGGAUACAGCUCAGCUCCGGAAUUGCAUACCAGAAAACUAAAGAAGUCUAUCCUGAAGUACUUCUGAAGCCUAAGAGUCAAUGCAUAUUGGGCUUUAUAAUUCAACAACACUUUGAAUUGCACUUGAAAACCUAUUAG